AAUGGUUAUGGGAGAGGGUCGAUUGUUGAUAUUUCUUGUGAUAAUAUGUACGAAUAUUGAUUCUAAUGUCUCAAAACCACCCCACAUAAUCUUUAUAGUUGCCGAUGAUUUAGGCUGGAAUGAUGUAAGUUGGCACACAGAUGAAAUAUUGAUGCCAAAUCUGGACAGGAUGGCACGUGCUGGUGUUAUAUUAAACAACUCCUAUGUUCAACCGAUGUGUUCCCCAUCUAGAAGCGCCUUUAUGUCUGGUUAUUUUCCCUUUCACACGGGACUGCAGCACGAUGUGAUUGGCGCAAGACAGGCGAACUUUCUAGAAUCGAAAUACAAAAUACUACCCCAGUACCUUAAAGAAAAAGGAUAUGCAACACAUAUAGUCGGCAAAUGGCAUUUAGGAUUCUGUAAUUGGAAAUAUACACCAACGUACCGAGGUUUUGACAGUUAUCUGGGUUAUUAUGUAGCUGCAGAAGAUUAUUAUAAACAUAACAACAGUAAUGGUUAUGAUUUUAGGUUUAAUACCUCUGUAUUGAAUACAACUGAAUAUUCUUUAGAUGUAUUUACCAGAAGAGCCAAAGAAAUAUUAACGACUCAUACCAUAAAGACACCACUGUUCCUGUAUUUGCCUUUCCAAAAUGUUCACGCUCCGUUAGAGGUAUUUAAUAAUAUUUUUGGAAUGGUGUAUGCACUAGAUGAAGCAGUAGGUCAAAUAAUGAAAGUACUGGAUGACCAAGGCUAUAUGAAUAACUCUAUAAUAAUUUUUACAACUGAUAAUGGCGGACCUGUAGUUAGUGGUGCUAAUAAUCUACCAUUACGUGGAGCUAAAACAACUAUCUGGGAAGGUGGUACCAGGGGUGCUGCUUUUGUCUACAGUCCGACAUAUUUACAUAAAACACAAUAUACUCACAAUGGUCUGAUGCAUGCUGCCGAUUGGUUUUCUACAAUACUCGGAGCAGCUGGUGUUGAUAUUCCUGAUGGUGUCGAUGGGUUGAAUUUGUGGAAUAUGAUUAGUAAUGGUAGUAACAGCACAAGACAGGAAGUUGUCCAUAACAUUGAUGAUAUAUAUAAUAAUUCAGCUAUCAGAGAUUCAAGAUAUAAAUUGAUGUUUGGUAAUCCAGGUCGAUAUAAUACAUGGUAUCCAUUACCUGGUGUAGAUGGUCACAGUCAACUAGCCCCAGAGAUAACAGAUCUACCAGAAGUGCAGCUCUUUGAUCUACUAGAAGAUCCUGGUGAACAUUAUAAUAUUGCUGAUCAAAAUCCAGAUAUUGUACAAAGAUUGACAGAUCGUCUCAACCUUUACAAGAAAACCGCCAUUCCUGCUCGCUACCCAAAAGGUGACCCAGCAUCCAAUCCUGAUAAUUUUGGAGGUGUUUGGUCACCAGGGUGGUGCUAAGUUAUAAAUAUUUGGUGAUUAGAAUUCAUAUUAUAAACAUCU